UUCUACCAACAGGCAGCCCAUCGCAGCGCACACAGAAUGAGACACGCCUUUUUCUCGGCUCCGCGGUGGGGUCGGUGGGCAGCGGGCUGCCGGUGAUUGACCAGCUUCUCUCCCUGAUCUGUCAGCCGGCUGGCUUGGCGCCUCCCCUCUCCUCUAUAAAUGUAGGAAAUCUAUUCAUCCCUUUCACAUCGAGCCUGCUGAAGUAAGAGAAACUGUGCGGCUCCGCGGGAUGUGUUGACAGACUAGAAUUUCGCUUUCUUCUUCUUCUUUUUUUUUUUUUUAUUUUUGGAUUUCCCGUAUCCUCUCCGCUCGUUUGCGGCUGUAUUAGAGUAGCUUCCGUCGUGUUCGCAGCGCCGUGCUGUAAUCUCAAAACCUCCUGCUACUAGUAGUGGCAUUAUUUGUUUGGUGGGGUUUGUUUUUCGUUGCCUCUCUCCGAGCCGUUGGUUAUCUAAGAUGAAGGCUGUUACUCCAGUCCGCCCCCAGAACUCCUCCUCCAGCGGCAACGAGCUCUCCCUGCACUAUCUGUCGAAGCAGAGCCUCAACAUCGCCCGGUGCAGGAUGGAUGAGGAGGACCUGUUCUGCCUGCAGUACGACAUGAACGACUGCUACAGCCGGCUGAAGCGCCUGGUGCCCACCAUUCCGCAGGAUAAGAAAGUCAGCAAAGUGGAGAUCCUCCAGCAUGUCAUAGACUACAUCCUGGACCUGCAGCUGGCCCUGGAGACGCACCCUUCCCUCCAUAAACAACAGACCGGGACCUACCCUCCUCCAGCCUCCAACCCCAGCCGGACACCGCUGACGGUGCUCAACGUUGACCACCACCAGAGGACGUCUAUAGUCAAAAAGCCGGAGGACUCAAUUUUAUGCCGCUGAGAUGUAAGCACUGCAUUGGUGUGCAGGCUGCUCUGAGCCGCUCCAAAGCCAGCAAAGCUUCGCCAGGGACUCACACCCAACUGGAGGCACAAUCACAAGGGGAUUUCAAAACUGCUUGGAGGAAUUCAACCCAAAUAAAAUCACUAUUCAUAUCAGCUUUUUUUUUUUUUUUUGGUUCCACCGAACAAGGAGCCAGUGUGUAGACAUCUCCCUCUUCUUCCUCCCGUUUAAGUUGCUCUAACUUUACACCUUGUCACUUGAAAAUUCCAAAAGAGUGAAAAAAAAAAAGCGGAAUCGGCACGGUGAGAAGUUUCUGUCGGGGGGAAACCCGUCUGUCAACAGCUUGAAAACUGUUUGUGAAUUGUGCUUAAAGAAUAACUCAAAAUGACUCCAGUUUAAAGCUUUACUAAACUGCGAAAAUCAUUGUACAUGUUUUGGACAUCUAUUGUUUAAAAUAGAUGAUUUGUGUUGAACAGGGAUGCCAUCCCUGGAACCUUACAAUGUUUGAUAUUGUACAAAAGAACAAUUCUGAUUCGAGACAAUUAAGAUUGUACAUAUAGAGACACAAAUGUUCUAUAAAAGUAUGUGAAAGGAAGACUUAUAUGCUUAAGAUAGACUAUUGUAAUUAUAAGAUAUUUUUAUUAAAACCUUUUUUUGUCGUUAUGUAAAUAUUGUGUUUCCAAUUUUGAGUCUUUAGUAAAUGAACGUGGUUAUGCUCUGCCAAUAAUGUCCUCACAUGAUGAUAUCAGUUAACUAUUUGCAGUGUUUUUGGACUAGUUUAAUAUGUAGCAUGUCAGACUCAUUGCAGAGAUAUUGAAUGUGCACUGAAGCAGCCCUCCCUGUGUAGAUAUGUGGUGGAGUUCAACACCAGUUCUUUUAUUAUUUGCCCAGCUUAGCGUUCUCUCAAAUUGUUUUGUACUCAUUAACUACGUCAACUUUGACCCUCCCAGAGCGAAGGCUCGCUCUUUUUUUUUUUUCUUUUCUUUCAUUUCUUUAAAGGCCUGGUUCCAUUCUGUUACACUGCGCUCUUGUUGGUAAUUUAAUCAGAGCGGUACAACACUUCUGACGGUGUUUAUAAUGUAAUACCUUCACAACAAUCUGCAACAAUGUCUCAGAAAUGUUAUGUCUGCGCAGUCCGAGCUUCGGCUUGGGAAGUUAAUGAUCAACACCAUCAAAUCAUUAAACCCUGGUUAUGAAUUGAUACAGUAUGUGAACAUUAACAGACUCGUUUUGGUCAACAGCAGAUUGUUUUCAGACAGGCAGUGUCUUUAAGUAAACAUGACGUGAGAGUCAGCGGUCAUUGUUAAUGUAAAGAGAAAGGGAAAAAAAAAAAGCUUUUAUUUUUCAUGACAUUGAACACCGAAUUUACCUCACCACCCUCCUGCCAGUGUGAGAGGGCACUUGUACAUUACUGUCAGCUGCACUGUUGGACUUGACCUUCACUGGCUUGUGAGGAGUUGUCAAAACAAUUAAAGUUUCCAGGAAGAA